AUGGGACUUUCAGGCCCCAAACAGAAGCAGCGGCUGGUGGGUUCCGCCAGCACGCGCAACACCGCCUGGCUCAACGAUGCAGCGGCGCCCGGCCAACGCAUGCUGGCGCAGAUGGGCUGGUCUGCAGGACAGAGCCUUGGUCUCACCAUGCCCGGUCUCACCGAAAACCUCAAGGUCGCGUACAAGAUGGACAACAAGGGCAUCGGAGCGCAGCGACACGAGCGAGAGGCGAGAGCCAAUGGCAAAGACAUCUGGGUCGGUGGUGGUGGCGACCUCGGCAGCCUGUUUGAGCGCCUCAACGCCGCCAACGCUGCCUCCGCUUCGACCUCGGCAGCUGCAUCUUCUUCGUCGAGCGAGGUCGAGAGCGAUGUCGACAAGAGGUCCAAGAAGAGCAAGAAGGACUCGAAAGUGAAGUCGGACAAGAAGGAAAAGAAGGCUAAAAAGGAGCGAAAGGACGAAGCGAGCAACGACAAGUCCAAGAAGAAACGUAAGCGAGACGCAGACGCAACAUCCUCCGACGACAAGCGCAAGAAGGAUAAGAAGGACAAGAAAGACAAGGGGGAAAAGGCAUCCGAUUCGAAGAAGAGCAAGCGAUCCUCAAAAGAGGCCAAGGAGGAAGCUGCUGCAGUAGUCGCCGAGAUCACGCCGGAAGCGGUAGCCGUGCGACCGGUUAGGUUAGCGCACCGCGCCAAGUUCCUGCGCGCCAAGCGCAUGGUGUCCGCCUCGGACCUCGCGAGCGUCAAUGAGAUUCUGGGCAUCGCCUCGACUCCAUCCUCUUCCGCAGCAGGUACACCAGGCACUACCACGCCGACAUCAGCAACUCCCAAGACGUACCCAGGUCCUAGCGGAAGCGAGAUUGUCUUGAUCGACGUCGACCGCCGCCUCGAGGCGGAGAAGGACGCGCAAUCCGAGUCUGAAUCUUCAUCAGACGAGGAAGACGUCAAGCAAAAGAAGAAGAAGAGCAAGAAGGAUAAGAAGGAUAAAAAGGACAAGGAUGAAAAGAAGAAGUCCAAGGAGCGCAAGGCAGGCGCUGCUGUCGAAGAGGAGCCUGCGUCCGCAAGCCAAGGAGGCGCGGAAGCUGCUGCUGCUGAGGCGGCAGCGGCAGAAGAGAAGGAAAAGUCGACGCAGAUUGGCACCAACUCGCAAGGGCUGUUCGUAUUCGAGUACCUCAAUCGCCGUCUGAUGAUCCGCAAGGCGCAGAUUGCCAAGCAGAAAAAGGCCGAGCAGGAGGCCAUCUUUGCGCGCGCCGCUCGCGUUGGCGCCUAG